AGCAAUACGCUUGGGCAAUACGACAAGACUAAAGAGUAUCUCCAAAAAGCGCUUGUCAUCACAACUGAAAUUGGCGACAGAAGAGGAGAAGCAUCAUGUUAUGGAAACCUAGGAACUGUGUUUCAGUCGCUCGGGCAAUACGACAAUGCUAGAGAUUAUCUCGAAAAAGCGCUUGUCAUCAGAACUGAAAUUGGCGACAGGGAAGGAGAGGCAACUGACUACGGAAACCUAGGAACUGUGUUUCAUUCUCUCGGGCAAUACGACAAUGCUAGAGAUUAUCUCGAAAAAGCGCUUGUCAUCAGAACUGAAAUUGGCGACAGGGAAGGAGAGGCAACUGACUACGGAAACCUAGGAACUGUGUUUCAGUCGCUCGGGCAAUACGACAAGGCUAAAGAGUAUCUCCAAAAAGCGCUUGUCAUCACAACUGAAAUUGGCGACAGAAGAGGAGAAGCAUCAUGUUAUGGAAACCUAGGAACUGUGUUUCAGUCGCUCGGGCAAUACGACAAUGCUAGAGAUUAUCUCGAAAAAGCGCUUGUCAUCAGAACUGAAAUUGGCGACAGGGAAGGAGAGGCAACUGACUACGGAAACCUAGGAACUGUGUUUCAUUCUCUCGGGCAAUACGACAAGGCUAAAGAGUAUUUCCAAAAAAUGCUUGCCAUCAAAUCUAAAAUUGGCGACAGAAGAGGAGAAGCAUCAUGUUAUGGAAACCUAGGAACUGUGUUUCAGUCGCUCGGGCAAUACGACAAGGCUAAAGAGUAUCUCCAAAAAGCGCUUGUCAUCACAACUGAAAUUGGCGACAGAAGAGGAGAAGCAUCAUGUCAUGGAAACCUAGGAACUGUGCUUCAGUCGCUCGGGCAAUACGACAUGGCUAAAGAGCAUCUCCACAAAGAGCUCGUUAUCAGAACUGAAAUUGGUGAUAAGGAAGGGGAGACAGCAGAUCUUGCAAACCUUGGAGUUGUGUCUAGAACUGUUGGAGAUUAUGAAGCUUCGGAAGUAUGCUUGGAGAAAGCUUUAUCCAUAUCUAGAGAUAUUGGAGACAGAAGAAAAGAGUUACAAAUCCUUCAAGAGCACGCUAUUUUGUAUUUAUUUCAAAAUAAACUCAAAGACUCCCUUUUGUGUCUUUACCUGUGCAUUGAAAAGUAUGAGGAGCUGAGAUCUUUCUUGGGUGCCAAUGAUCAGUUCAGAACAUCAUUUCUGGAUGACUCAGGAACAUUUACCCACAAGCUGCUUUGUAAGUUGCUUUGUGCCACCGCAAAUUCUCGGGAUGCUCUUCAUGCUCUUUACGUUGAGGAGUUGGUUCGAGCUAGAGGCCUAUCAGACUUGAUGGCAGAGAAGUACUCAGUUGAAACGCACAUCUCUGCUAAUCCACAAUCUUGGUUUGGCAUUGAAGACAUCUCUAGAAAGGAAGAUAACUGUGCUUGUCUGUACGUUUCUUAUUUUCAAAAUGAUUUGCAUUUGUGGACCUUGAAAACAAGUGGAGUCCUUCACUUUAAAACAAUAUCUGUGGAAGAGAAUCUAGUUCAGGCUGGGUUGCCCAAAGAUUUGCCUUUAAGUAAAUUUUUGGCAGAUUGUUUGCAACCUCUCUCCCCCGAGCAAAAGAGCUCAGCAAGAUUGCGACUUGUGGAGGAACACGAGGACGAGAACGAAGGAGUCAUUUCAAGUCUAUCUUUGUGUUACAAAAUGUUUAUUGCCCCCGUUUAUGAUUUCCUUGAGGAGCCUGAAGUCAUAAUCGUCCCUGACCGCUGUUUGUACAAAGUUCCGUUUGCUGCUCUCCGUGAAAAGGAGGGGGCCGAAUACCUGUCGGAGACUCAUAAGAUUCGUGUCAUUCCUUCUUUGAGAACACUCAAGAUCAUUCAAGAUAGUCCAGAGGAUUAUCACAGCAACACUGGUGCCUUGAUAAUCGGCAAUCCCAAGGUUGAUUGGCUGCUGCCAUUGCCAGGUGCAAGAAAGGAAGCGGAGAUGGUCGGACGAUUGGUGGGUGUUCCGCCUCUGGUAGACGAGAAAGCAACGAAACAGGCGGUACUUGAGCGGAUAAGUUCAGUGAGCCUGAUACAUUUUGCUGCCCAUUGUAACGCCGAGAGGGGAGAAAUUGCCCUCUCUCCCAUUCCUGCUCCUAUCGGUCGAAACGCUAUCCUACCACAGGAAGCUUACAUGUUGACGAUGGCUGAUGUCUCACGAGUAAAAAUCAGAGCUAAACUGGUGGUGCUUAGCUGCUCUCACAGUGGAAGUGGACAGAUGAGAGCCGAGGAAGUUAUAGGAAUUGCCCGCGCGUUCUUAGGAUCCGGUGUUCGCUCUGUGUUGGUUGCGCUGUGGACCAUUUCAGACUCAGCAACAGAGCAGCUGAUGAGUCGGUUCUACAAACACCUUUUUGAAGGAGAAAGUGCCGGUGAAUCCCUUCAUCAGGCCAUGAAGUGGAUGAGAAAAAACGGCUUUACCAAAGUGUCUGAGUGGGCUUCGUUUACGCUGAUUGGAGAUGAUGUGAGGCUCGAGUUUGGCAAGCAGAGGUAA